CUGCGCUUAAAGACUUAAACUUGUUCAACUUGCCUCUGAAAGGAAGUGCAAGAUGAAAAAGAAAGAAAUGAAUGACGCAUUAUGUAUAUUGAUUUUGAUAGGCAUUGCCACUUCUUCAGAAUCACUUCAAUGUUACAGCUGCUCAAACGUUGCCAAUAUAGAUGGAUGCAAUGUCACAAGUUCGUGUUCAAUUGGUCAGUCAUGUUACCGCAAUGUAUCACUUGGGGAACAAAGUCUCGGCUGUGUUGACAAUAAGAGAUGUGAUUCACAUGCUGCCGUUUCUACAAUAGUUGGUCGAAGUGUUGUUGUUAGGAAAGCAUCAACGUGUUUCGAAUGCUGUUCUACUGAUCAUUGCAAUACCGCCCUUUGUCACAAUACCGACACUAAGGUGUGUAUGGAUGAUGAAUCUGUGGAUUGUGCAAGAAUGAACUCUCUGUUCAGUAUAUGUAGUGAUAUUCCGCACGCACGAAGUGUAUGUCAAAGCUUUUGUGGACUAUGUGAUCUCGUUGACGGCAACUGGUCUUUAUGGUCAUCUUGGAGCACAUGUGACGUAACCUGUGAAAACGGACACCAAACUCGAACCAGGACCUGCACAAAUCCAGCACCUAAGAAUGGCGGUUUUGACUGUGUAGGAAGUGGAAGUGAUAUGAAAGGAUGCCACAAACAACAGUGUCCAGUUCAUGGUGGAUGGAGUGAUUGGUCACAUUGGGGCACGUGCUCAGUAACAUGUGACAUGGGCUUGCAACGUCGUACAAGGACUUGUUCUAAUCCACCACCAAGUCUGGCUGGAAAUCAUUGUUUCGGCGUUAACAUUGAAUCACAGCUGUGUAUGCCAGCUCCAUGUGCAAACGGUGGUUGGGGUGACUGGACGUCAUGGAGUGCAUGUAGUGUCACCUGUGGCGGAGGAAUUAGAUCACAAACGAGGUCAUGUUCGAAUCCUCCGCCCUCAUCAUAUGGACAAUACUGCAGAGGAUCAAAUGACAAAGUUGAAUCGUGUGCUAAUAAUAAUUGUGGAACGAAACAUUGUGCGACUAACCAGUGCGUACAUGGUCAAUGUUUUGAAAUUCUUCAUGAUUUCCUUUGUUCCUGUGACCAUGGUUAUGAGGGUCGUUACUGCAAUAUUUCUAUUAGUCAUUGCCAACCUGACCCAUGCAUCAAUGGCACUUGUGUUGACAUGUUAAAUGAUUACACUUGUAACUGUUAUCAUGGAUUUGAAGGAAGGCAUUGUAACAUUUCAAGUUCACCAUGCAAGUCUAACCCCUGUCAACAUGGUCAAUGUUUUGCAAGCAAAACCGGCUAUUAUUGUUCUUGUGAAGAUGGCUUUGGUGGAAAUCAGUGCAAUAUAUCCAAUUAUUACUGCAAAUCAAAUCCGUGCAUACAUGGUACAUGCUUAUCUGGAAAUAUAGACUAUACAUGCAGCUGCAGUGAAGGAUAUCUUGGGAAGAACUGUGAUGUCACUAAUGCAACGGACUGCUACGAUAUUCUGCAUAGAAAUAUAGGGAAAGUGAAUUCGAAUGGGGUGUACAAUGUAACACUUUGGAGAUCUAAAGUGGUGAAAGAAAUAUACUGUGACAUGGCUACAGACUUAGGUGGAUGGACGGUUUUUCAAAAUCGUUUUGACGGUUCAGUCAAUUUCACCAGAAUAUUCAUAGAAUAUAUUGACGGAUUUGGAAAUUAUACAGGAGAAUUUUGGCUAGGACUAAGGUUUUUAGAGGAAAUGACUGCACAAGGACCUACUGAACUUAGAAUAGAAUUGACAGCAGCAGACAAUACAUAUGCUUACGAAAUCUUUAAAAACUUUCAUAUUGGUACACAUCCAGGAUAUGAACUCCAUAUAAACGCAGGAACUGGAAGUGCAGGUGAUGCAAACGAUGGGUUGAGUUAUCACAAUGGAAUGCCCUUUUCUACGUAUGAUCAUGAAAAGCCGAACAGUAAUUGCGCAUAUAGAGAUCGUGGUGGAUGGUGGUAUAACACUUGUGCAGUUGUAAACUUGAAUGGGCAAUAUUUUACACCAGGAUCAGACAACGGUGAAAAAGGAAUUGUAUACUAUGAUUUCAAAAGCAAUGUAGGUUUACAAUCAACAAAAAUGAUGUUCAGACGAUUAUAAUUAAGGUUAUGUUUAAAACAGACUACAACCUAUAUAUUAAUUAAAAUUUACAGUGUAUACCAAGAUCAGAUGAUACAUUCGUCUUGUCUGGUCUGCACUUUCGCUAUUCUGUCAGAACUUAUUUUGGAAAUAUCCCUAACAAUUAUCAAUCGAUUUAAAGAUAUUUAGCUUGAUAAUGCUAAAGAUCAUAUUUGCCUAAGUAACUGUCCUGGACAUGCGGAAGAGCACAAUUGUGGAAGCUUUAAUUCAGUAUUACCUAAUUCAGUACAUGGACAUGUACUUGUUUCAAAAUAAAUAACAUUUUAUCGUAAUUUUAACUAUCUAUUUUACAAAUUUAUUAUCCUCUAACGUUUCGAGCUAUCGUAAUGUUAUCUUGGUGCAUUUGUUUAUCUCGUUUGUACUUUAUAAGGGAGAAAGUCAGGCAUUCAAAUAGAUACAAGUACUUCAGAGUUUAAAAAUAUUUUCAUGAUAUAGUGUUUCAUAUGACUUAACAAAUUUCUUUCAAUGAAAUAUUGCAAAUGAUUAUUUCUGUAAAAGUAUAUUGUAAUUAUAACUAUUCUUAUUACAAAUAAAAAUACAAAUAUA